AUGGGACAAGCUCUGGAUAUUGAGAGUUGUGAUUUCCAGGUAGCAAAAAACAACAAGGAGCACCAUACCAGUGCCAUCAGCUCCAGGCAUCUCAUUGUGCGGAGGGGGCAGCCCUUCACCAUCAGCUUGCACUUCCGUACUUCAGUCCACAGAUUUCUUCCUACCCUGAAGAAGGUGGCCCUAAUUGCACAAACUGGACAGCAACCUUCCAAGACCAACAGGACCCAAGUCACUCUUCCCAUUUCCACUAUGGGAGACCAAAAAUGGAGUGCAGCAGUGGAAGAGAGAGAUGCCCAUUUCUGGGCCAUCUCUGUGACCACAUCUGCUGAUGCUGUCAUUGGCCACUACUCACUCCUGCUUCAGGUCUUGGGUGAGAAGGAACACCUCUUGGGCCAGUUCACAGUGCUCUUUAACCCAUGGAGUAGAGAGGAUGAUGUAUUUCUACCAAAUGAGGCUCAACGCAGUGAGUAUGUGUUGAACCAGAAUGGUCUUAUCUACCUGGGCACGGCCGACUGCAUCCAGGAAGAGCCCUGGGACUUCGGCCAGUUCGAGAAGGAUGUCAUGGACAUCAGCCUGGGCUUGCUAGGCAUGGACAAGCAUAUGGAGAAGUGGAGUCAGCCUGUGCACGUGGCCCAUGUGUUGGGUACCUUGCUGCAAACUCUCAAGCAGAGGAGUGUCCUGCCCAUCCCACAGGCCCAGACUGCCCAGGAAGAAGCCCUGCUUAACAAGCGCCGGGGAAGUGUACCCAUCCUGCGGCAAUGGUUCACCGGUCAAGGGCGACCUGUGUAUGAAAGUCAGGCCUGGGUGUUGGCUGCUGUUGCUUGCACAGUGCUGCGAUGCCUGGGAAUCCCAGCCCGUGUUGUUACCACAUAUGCCUCAGCCCAGGGUACCCACGGGGACCUGUUGGUGGACGAGUACUACAAUGAGGAGGGGAUCCAGAAUGGAGAAGGUCAGAGAGGACGCAUCUGGAUCUUCCAGACUUCCACGGAGUGCUGGAUGACCAGACCUGAUUUUCGUUACCCACAUUAUGCCGGAUGGCAGAUUCUGUAUCCAUAUGUUCCUAAUAAAGGUGAAGGCUUGGGAUCCUGUGAUCUUGUUCCAGUCAAAGCAGUCAAGGAUGGGAUACUGGAGCUGACCCCUGCAGUGUCAGACCUUUUUGCUGCAGUAAACGCCUCAUGUGUGGUCUGGAAGUGCUGUGAGGAUGGAAAACUGGAAUUGACCAACUCCAACACAAAGUAUGUUGGCAACAACAUCAGCACUAAGGUUGUGGGCAGUGACCGCUGUGAGGACAUCACUCAGAACUACAAGUAUCCUGCAGGUUCUCUUCAAGAAAAAGAAGUGAUGGAGAGAGUCCAGGAAAAGAGAAUGAAACAGUGGAAACCGAAUGGCAUCAGACCCCCCAGUGACAAGUGGGCUGAUCCUCUAUACCUGUUCUUGGAAGCACCCAGCUCCUUUCCUUUGAGAGGGGAUGCCCAACUCUCAGUGAUCCUGUUUAACCCCAGCGACCAGGAGAAGGAGGUGCAGCUGGUGACUGGGGUCCAGGCUGUGUAUUACAAUGGAGUGUUUGCUGCCAAGCUCUGGAGGAAAAAGCAGUUUCUAACACUCAGCGCCAACCUGGAUAUGAGAAUAACUAUCAGCCUGUCAUUCUCCCAUUUUGAGCGAAACCCACCGGAGAACAGCUUCCUCAGACUUACUGUGAUGGCAACACAUUCUGAGUCUGGUCUUAGCUGCUUUGCUCAGGAAGAUGUCGCCAUUUGUAGACCACGUCUUGUUAUCCAGAUGCCAGAGACAGCCAAGCAAUAUCAACCUCUUACAGCCUCAAUUAGCAUCCAUAACUCCCUAGACUCCCCCAUGAUGGACUGCAUGAUCUCCAUCUUUGGAAGGGGGCUCAUUCACAAAGAGAGGAGAUACGGAUUAGGUUCUGUGUGGCCUGGAAACACCUUGAGCACCCAGUUCAAGUUCACACCAACACAGCUGGGGCUCCAGAGGCUCACCGUGGAAAUGGAUUGCAACAUGUUCCAGAACCUAAUCAACCACAGAAGCAUCACUGUGGUAGCCCCAGAACUUUCAGCUUAA